AAUUUUGAUUAUACUUUGAUCAACUCUAAUUAAUUGAAUUAAUCGGAGUUAGUCGAAGUGGGGCGUACACAAGAGUCAUGAGAAUAUCAAUUAUUAUUGAUUUAUCUACAUAAUAUCGAUUGUUCGAUACUUGUGACAUGAUUAUUAACUUUAGAGCUUUGUCAGCAGUUCGCAGGUUUCUUCUACGAGGAACGGUUCUAUCUGUAUCUCCCGAAAAGCUCUGGCAAGAGAAUCGCGCAAGUAUCUGGUCUCGGAUUGCGUCCCCUCGUUAUCGUCGCGCAACCCCCGUGCGCCUCCCACUUCGGCAGCAGGAAAACUUGCCGGGAACGAAUUCAGGGUUGACGAUGCAGCGCGGCGCGACGCGACGCGGAGGAAAGCUUCGAGCGGCUCGGGCGACGAGUGUCCACCACCUGGUCCCCUCCACUCCAUCCCUGCAGGUAAUCGCGAGCGUCUACCGUGCUCGAGGUGGUGGGCAACGCGCGCGCGGUGGUGGCUACAAGGCACCAGGGCUCCCUUCUUUGUUGCCGUUCUGCUAGAAAGGUGACUAUGCCAUGAAGACAGGCGGCAUCGUGCACGCCUCGCGUAUAUACCCGCAGUCACCUUUCUCUCCUCGUGACCGUAGCAUACGUUCUGGCGACGUCCAUGGCGCACUCGCGGCUCUGAGUUAAACGGCGCUGCAUUGCUGCUGCGGCACGAUCGCUCGUAGGCUCGCUCGUCGGCGCGCUCGUCGGAGGGAAAACGAAGGGAGGAAGGAAAUUUAAAAAAAAAAAAGAAAAAAAAACGGAGAUUCGAAGUUAGGAUCGAUCCGCGAGAUCAAUUCGCGGGUAAUAAUCGAGUCCCGUGGAUCCCUCCUCCUCCCGAGACGCCGUGAGCGAGUUACAAAUUCCCGCGCCGGUUUCGCGCCUACCUUUGGUGCGGUCGGGGUGUGUGAGAGUCCGCGCGCACCAAAGGGGAAGAAGAGGAUAAGCGCGGCCGCGCGAUCGUCCCCCCUGGUCUACCAACGACACCGACGACGUGUCGUCGUGAUUCCUACGCCAGCGACCAACGACCACGAGGGAAGAUGAUAAUCGUGAGCAGCGUGCUGCUGAUUCUGGCGGUCGUGUCGAGAGUGGGAUGCCAACGGAACACUCCGAGAAGCGCGAGAGCUAGCAGAAAUGAGGCAGUCCUGGAGUUCGAGUGCCCCGAAGAAUUUGGAUACUAUCCUCAUCCGCGCGAUUGCACGCAAUAUUACGUGUGCGUUUUCGGCGGCGCCCUGCUAGAAUCCUGCACGGGAGGCCUCAUGUACAGCCACGACCUGCAGACGUGCGAUUGGCCGCGAAACGUAGGCUGCCCGGAAGGUGAUUCGUCCAACAAGGAGGCCGAGGAGGAUCCUCUACUGGAGAGAUCCGCGAAACACGAGACGCAACAGCAACAACGGCAGCAGCAACAGUUACGAGAUCAGCAGCAACAGCAGCAACAACAACGACCGAUUCAGAGACAACCGAUCACGACCGCGUCGCCGCCGGUUUCGCAGAUCACCGAGAGGCAACUGAGGCAGCGACAGCACUCGAGGACAAAUUACCACGAAGACGAGUACGGUCCCGCCUCGGAAAUCGAGAACGAUCGGCAGCAGCGGGUGUACCGGGGACAACCUUCGACGAUCGGCCAGGUGCAGCGCGAUCGCGACGGUCUGCGACGGAACAUAAUAUCGGAAAGAGAGAAGGACAGCCUGGUAAGCGCACGUGCCCAAGCCGAGUCUCAUUACAGAACGCCAGUUCCGACUACCGAGUCACCGAGACUCGCUAAAACAUUGGCCUCGACCGUGGCACCAGUCUUGUCCAAGGCUUACUACAGCGAUCCAGAUCAGAGUUAUCCGUAUUACACGAUUUAUGACGACGACGUUUCUAUUUAUAAAGACGACGAUUACAAUCAGUAUACCAUCAACCAGACAGUGCCAGUGCAGCAGCCAAACGUGAGAAUUAGCGAGGUAAACACGAAACAGUAUCAGAAGCCGAAGAAGGUCGCCGUGAACGAGGCGGACAAAUAUAAUCUGAAUCACGACGUGCAUGACUACGAUAUCUAUGAGAAUCAGGCUCAGCUGAACAAGAACAAGUUCCGCAUUUCUGACGGUCAACAGUUCAGGACGAACGUGCUCAGCCAUCCCGUGGUCCACGUGACGACGCCGAAUGUCAUCGUGGACACCUUUAUACCGCUGACUACGAGCACGCAGACUCCCAGCACGACCGGCAGACCUUACACCAUCAAUGCACCGAGCCGAGGUCGGCCGCAGCAGAUCCAUCGGGGCACGGCGCCGCCGCGGUCUCGGCCCACCUUGAAGCCAUCCACCGAGAUAGUUUCGAAGGCACAGGAGUUCGUUGACAUCUACAGGUACCCUCCGGUGAGACCGGCGACGAUCUACCCGACGCCUCAGGUAGACAAACCGGCGGCGAAGUGUCGCAGGGAUGUCUGCCUGCUUCCAGACUGCAGCUGCGGCGGCUCCGAUAUACCAGGUGGUAUUCCGAACGAGCAGACGCCGCAGAUCGUUCUGCUCACUUUCGACGACGCCGUAAACGACCUUAACAAACCCUUGUACAGCGAGCUGUUCGAAAACGGCCGUAAGAAUCCGAACGGCUGCCCGAUAUCGGCGACAUUUUACGUCUCGCACGAAUGGACAGACUAUAGCCAGGUGCAAAAUCUCUAUGCAGACGGCCAUGAAAUGGCGUCUCACACGGUCUCGCACAGUUUCGGCGAACAAUUUUCGGCGCGAAAGUGGGCGCGAGAGGUUGCUGGGCAGCGUGAAAUUCUGGCUGCGUAUGGAGGCGUCAAGCUGGAGGAUGUCAGAGGAAUGAGGGCGCCCUUCUUAUCGGUCGGAGGGAACAAUAUGUUCAAAAUGCUCUGGGACACAAAUUUCACGUACGAUUCCUCCAUGCCCAUCUAUGAGAACCGACCACCAAGUUGGCCGUAUACGCUGGAUUACAAGCUCUUCCACGACUGCAUGAUACCGCCCUGUCCCACGAGAUCCUAUCCAGGAUUGUGGGAAGUUCCUAUGGUAAUGUGGCAAGAUCUCAAUGGAGGUAGGUGCUCCAUGGGAGACGCCUGCAGUAAUCCACCGACUCCGGAUGGCGUAUACAAGAUGCUCAUUAAGAACUUCGAGAGGCAUUAUACUACUAAUAGGGCGCCUUUCGGCCUGUUCUAUCAUGCCGCAUGGUUUACUCAGCCGCAUCAUAAAGAAGGCUUUAUAUCAUUUCUCGACACCAUCGUCGCGAUGGACGACGUAUGGGUAAUUACCAAUUGGCAGGCCAUACAAUGGAUCAGGAAUCCAACGCCUUUGGCGCUUCUGCAUACAUUUGAACCCUUUGGAUGCCAUUAUCCGGACCGACCCAAGAAGUGCAACAAUGCGAAGGUCUGCAAUCUUUGGCACAAGAGUGGGGUGAGGUACAUGAAGACUUGUCAAGCAUGCCCGGACAUUUAUCCUUGGACAGGCAAGACCGGUAUACGUAGCAGUCGCAUCGACAACGAAGUCGACGCCCACGAAUGAGUUACACGGAAGGAAGCUUCAAACUUCGUUACGAUCGGGGAGAAUCCCGUCGAACGAGCAGCCGACCCGGAUAACGCGAAUAUCUAAAAGACGCGAUCGAGAUACUUAAACGAGAUCUUAAUCUUCCAGACGUGGGAGUUUCUUGGACGUCCGAGAGAAGUUCCCUUAAUCUCUCAGACGUCCUGGAAACAUCCGAAUCUUUCGAACGCAUUUUAGAUGCAUUUUAAACGUAUAUUUAGACUUAGACAUCUUUUGGACUUUCGCAUUGUUUGGGAAGCAUUGGUAACGCGCGAGGGAAGACACUCUUCUGUUCGAGUAGGUAACUUCAAGUAUUACACGCGCGUGUCCGAACGGAUACACAUUCGGGCCGAGUACGCCGAUGCAAGUUUUAUGCUGACAAUGAGUAGGAUCUCGUAAGGUUCUCGUUUAGCGCCGAAUCAGGUCAGAAUCGCGCCCACAAUUAUAUGUACCGAACUUUCAAAUGAAUCAAGUUAUUGUUAAAUUCGUCAACUGGUAUUUGUAACUAAACGUAAAUUUUGUUACUAGCAAUAGCUUGGAAUUUGUUCCGAGAAGGAAAAAGUAUUUAAAAAAUAUUUUGUAUAAAUUUACACGUAGAUCAUUUUAUCCAGCUAAAUCUUUUUCAUAACCGAUUGUGAGCUGAACGGUGAGUUGAUAUUGAAAAUGAAGCGAUUGUCUCGGAGAGUGAUAUAUAUAUAUAUAUAUAUGCGAUACCGAAUUAGUUAAAUUAAAUUAAAUUAAACAUAUUAUCGCAAUACUAAAAAGACCGCGUGUGUAGUAAAAUCAGAAAAUAUUUUAAGCGCAUCUAUUUUUCCUUGUUCUACAUCUUUAAAGUCGAGCGAAAAAAGGAUCGGUCAAAAUCGAUCAAUCAAACACAUUUUUCUUUUCGUUUUCCCUUUUCAUUUCACCUUUCUCCGAAACUUUUCAUUUAUCUUUCGCGAUCUCUUUGGUCCCUUUUUUCUAAACUUUCUUUGUCCCCUUUUCCUUUAGCCUAUUUCCUUUCUUUUUAUCUACAUCUUCUUUUUUUAUUGGAUUCGCAAACACCCUUGGCGUACUCGGCCAAAUUCGGCCAAAUAGAGCAAUUAAUUAAAUCGCAAUACGUAAUAAUUAAUCGUUGAGUUGUAAGUGUAAACGUCGGUCGCCGGAAAUAUUUCGUAUUUAAGCAUAACUCGCGAGAUCGAGAUUCAUCAUGCGCGGAGGUCACUUUAUGGAAAACAAAAAUAGGAAAGAAAAUUACACCUCGACGAAGAAUCAUGCGCACGAGGGGAUCGUCGUGUUUAGAAACGUAAAAAUGUAAUAUGCCUUUAAUAAAUAAAUAUUUCGCUAGAAUAUCUCUUUUCCGUUUUUAAUCAACAUCUAUGCAGAUAAUCGCGAUAAAUUAAUAUGAUAUAAUAAUGUGCUAGGUAAAAGAUCGUACUUUUUCAUUUCAUUUGUUAUAAAUGUGUUGGUAAAGGAUAAAAGAUAGUGGACCAGAUAUCGAUGUCAAAGUUACAAAUAUACUGCCAAGGCACGCUUUCUGUCGAUCCAACGUACUCCACCCAGUAUUGCGCCAUAUUAUUAUAAAUUAUCUUCCUCCACGUCUGCAAUAAAAGGUUUAUCGGACCGAUAAAAACAUUUAUUUACCCACUAUCAUCAUUUAUUCGCCAAUAUUGCCAUCGAGGGUUAAUUAAUUGGAAAUUUAAGAUCUAAUUUCAUUUAUUUUAUUUACCAACUAAUAAAAACUAAUUACGUUUCAUCAAAUUACCCUUUCGUUUUGCAUGAUCCAUGCCAUCAUCAUUUGGUUUUCUUGUAGGGUCGCGAAUUUCUGUGCUCUGUACAAAUAGAUUCGCGUACUCGAUUUCCGGUUCCAAAGAACAUUCAAGUAUGCUAUCAGCAGAUACAAACGUGGUUUUAUGACUUUUGCAUGCUUGGAAAUGUUCUUGAGGCAUUUGAUAAUUUUGGAGAUAUCGUUAGUCAGAUUCGAUAGUUCGUGCUUUGAAUUGAUGUAGCGUAGCAAUAACAACAGAUAACACUCGAGCCCCUAAAAAAAAGUGCAUUAAUGCGCUGCAUUAAAACAAAAUCAUUUUUUUCCUAUUCUCUCUUAGACAGGAAGAUAUAAAGAACAUAUUAUUUAUUAUAAUACACAAGUAAUCAAUAAUAUUAGGUGUGCAAAUUAAUUCAGUGUUUUAUGAUUUAAACACAAACUUUUUUCGAUGAGAUUCAAAAUUUAUUCAUAUGAGGUCAAGUGCAAGUUUACAAUGCUCAAAAUAAUUUCUAUUAUUUUCUAUGACUUUAUUUCAUUUAUCGAGCAGCUCACGAAUACCUUUGCGGAAAAAAACUUGAUGAUUCUGACUCGAGAUAAAAUCAUCAAUAAGUACAUCCAGAUGCAUUCUUACCUUUAGAUCUAACGAAUCAUCUUCAGUUUCUACUUCGCCGCUUAGUGAACGGUUGCGCAUCUGGACGCACUCGCGUACAAAUCGCAAAAGGACAAGAAAAUAUUUAAUUUUAAAACAGAGUUUUAAAGCAUCGUAUGUAAAGGCGCCGAAUUAAUUUUUUACACCUAAUACAUACAUAAGAUACAAUUUAGUUUUAUUUUCGUACUGUAGUAUUAUAGUUGCAACAGCGUUCUUUGUUCGCAAUUGCCUUGUCUAUUCGUUUAUUUCUCGUGGAUAUUGCACUCGUAAACAGUAAGAUUAUUAUUAUUAUUAUUACUACAUUUGAUCAAGCGUAUAUUUAAUAUAGGAUACAGAUUUUUUUUAUAUGGCACAUUUGUUAUAAAUCAUAAAUUGUUAAAAAUUAUUUUUGAGAAUAAAAUAAGAUAAUUGACAGAU